CCGCGCUCCCACCGUUCAACUUCCCUCAGCCCGUCCCACCACAGUUCAGCUGAGGGUAAGAAAGUACAGUUCACAACAUCUACCGAUGUCUUUCCAAACCAUGGUGGAAGAAGCUCUACGCAGAUGCCACCAGGUACCAGGUACGAGAAUGGUGCAGAUCAGUGAGACGAAGCGCGAUGUUGAAGACGAGCGCCGCGUCUGUGGCGAAGAGCAGCAGCUCAACGGCCACCUCGAGCCUCCUCCUCGCGAGGCCGUUGUCGCUGCCGCGGCCUCUCAGCCCAUGCCAGGAUCCCAUAACAAAGUCAAGAAUGCGCCAUUAUUCUUACUAGCGGCUAUAUUGUGGUGUCUUUGCAUUUAUGGCGCAUUUAGCACAAUGAAGCCUGCAAAUGUCACUACGCAGGACCUCGUUCCUGUGUCCGCCCCGGCACAUAUACCCUUUCAAGAUACGCAAAAAAAACAAAUGGAAGCAUUUCUGCAACAAGUAGAGGAGGAAAUGCGCGCCAUCAACGCAACGCGAGACGCCGUCGAUGCAGCGCGACACGCCAUCGAUAAGGAACGCGAGACUAUCGACAAGCAGCACGAUAUGAUCGACAAGGAGCGCGAGGCCGUCGACAAGGAGCGCGAGGCCAUCGAUAAGCAGCGAGAGGCCGCCGCUGUGGCGCGUGUCCCCCACCUGCUGCACUGGGUCAAGGACAGCCACCCGUUCCUCCAAGGGCUGCUGAUGCUCCUCGCGACACCGUUCAUCAUCGUGGGCAACAUGCUGUGGGGCGCGGGCCUGCUUAUAGAGGGUAUCGGGAGGUUGUUGGUGUUGGGGCCGCGAGCGGCAUAUAGAUGGUUGAGCGGAGUGUGAUGGCAGACGUUUCUGCUGCAGUUCAUUCAGAAAUUCUUGAGCGAUCUUAGUCAUUUUUCUUACGUGUAGGGUCUUCUUCGUAUCGCCAGCUUUGGAUUGGGAUGGCAGUCUGUAUAUUGGAUGCUCUCGUUCUGCUUUUUCAGCUGUAUAUGAUGUUGCGCAUUGUGCUAAAUGUACUGCGUGCUGCAUAGAGGAUAAGUUACAGGGGAAAGCGUAGCGGGUCAACGAGGCUCUAGGCCAAUUGAAUAUGUAGUAUCAUCUCGG